CGCACAAGGUGACCGCCACUUUUCAUACGGCUGUGUACAUACGCUAACUUUGGAUAAAUUGACAUCCGCACUUAACAGAUAAGAAUAUUAUUUACACCUCAUCAUGGCAUCAGAACAGUUGUCUAUGACCACCCCUCUUGUGGUCAUUGAUGAGGACUACAUUCCCAGCAGUCGGGAGAGAGAAUCUGUCGCCGACCAAUCCCAGGGAGAACAGGGGCUGUCUGUCGGGAAUGCAGAUAUUAAACACAAGGGGGCACCAGAGUCCCUUCCAAGUACCGUGACGGUACAGGAGGAGAGAAGCAGGGAAUCUGGAGAAGUAGGAGAAGAGAGAGGUAGGGAAGAACAUAUGAUAGGUCAGGAUGGGCCAAGUAUCAAAGAGCAAAGAAUAGGAGACGAGGGGUCAAGUACCACAAACCAGACAAAAGGACAGCAUGACGGUGGCAAUGAAUGUGAAGAGACAGACAAGGGAAAGGAAACAGGGCAGGAAGAAGCUAGUAUCAAAGAACUAGACACAGUCUUGUUGGAGGCAAGUGCUACGUAUCAAGAAGGUGCAAGCGUGAAUGAUCAGACGGGGAUGGGUGUCAAAGACCAAGAUGGGACCAGUGAAAAGAAAGAGAGACUAGAACAGGAAGGAGCACAUAUCCCGGAACAUGAGGGAGUCAAGGAACAUGGGAGAGAAAAUGAGAUAGCAUCUGAAAACAAAUCUGAUUCAGAACAGGAGAGAACAAAUGGAGAUGAGCAGGAAAGAGGAGGAGAUGGAAAAAGCAGUGCAGGACAAGAGGAAGGGUCCGAGGAAACAAAGCAACCGGGUGUCACAGGGCUAGAAGAGACGACUAGUGGAGAAGAACUAAGAAAUGGAGGGUUAGUGGGAGGUCUGGAGGGUGUUGUGAGAGGAGACACAGGUGAGCAUACGGAGAAAGACGGGUCAGAGGCAGCUACAGAGGGCAAAGUGAUGGGUGACCAAAGUGGAAAGGUCCAACUAGGUGCUCCACAGGAGGAUACAGGUGAACAAACUACAGGACCAGAAACAAUUUCGAGCACACAGAACAAAGGAGACGGAAGUGAGGCGCAGGGGACAGGUGCAGCUGAACAUGUAACAUGCGUUGAAGGGACAGGUACACAUAUAGAAAAAGAUGUAGGCAUUACUGAGGUGGAAGAGGGUGGCAAUGCGGGUGACCAAGUGCAAGAAGUGACAGUUACAGGAGAAGUGACAGUUUCAGGUGUUCAGGGGACCUUGGAGGAAAAGUCCACCAAAGCUCUAGCAGAUGGGUUAAGUGAAAGUGAACAGGUUGAAAACCAGGGAACGGGACAGGUGAGCAGGGAUGCAGAGACUAUAGCGGGAGGAGAGACAGACACACAAAAACACUUAGGAGAACAGGACACAGAUGUCCAAGUGACAGGUACAGACCUACAGACAACAGGUGGAGAAGCAGGUGUAGGUGACAAGGAGGAAUUUCUAUUGACAAGCUCAGUGAAAGAAUUUACAGGUGCACAAGAAACACAAGAAGGCAAAGAAGCAGGGGGAGACAGAGCAGGUGAGCUGACAACAAGUGGACAGGUAAGUUCUUCAGGUGAGAAGGAAGAAAGGGAGGUGACACCUGAUCCCACUAGUGACCCGAGCAGGGAGGGGACAGUAGAUCCAGACCGCCCAGCAGCAUGCUGGGAGAGGGAGGGGCAGCUCCUUAUGUGUACUGGGAGAGAGGUGAAGCCAGACACAGCUUGGCAGGCAGAAACUCAAGUUACCGGCCAAGAACUAGAUCACCAGACACCGGCAAUGAAGAAUAGGGACUUUGUGGAAGAUGGGGAGAGAUCCUCACCCGAGACCCCCAUAGAGAAAGAGAUCAGGCUGUCUAUGGAAAGGGAACAGAUGCUGAGGCAGGAGAGGGGCAUCAGCCUCCCCGUGGGGCAGCAGGAGUUAGUGGAGGUGCGGAUGAAGGCUGUCGCUGGGGAGCAAGGACCACCUGCGGACAAGGAGCGCCAGCUGGCAGGUGCACAGAUGCAGAGGGACAUUCUGCUGGAGAGCCGUAGGGAACUAGACUUGGUACAGCUGGGGAAAGUUAAAGGCAACUAUGACCGUGGACCUCAGCAGGAGCUCCAAGAAAUGAAAUUGAUCUUCGAGAGCCUUGGAUCAGUGUCUUCAGAACCUGUCUCCAAAAAGUGGCAAAGUGGCCCUCCUCAGCCUGUAGCAGUUGAAGCACCUAUCUUGGUGGCAUCUGCAGCAUCCAACCAUGUGACUCCAAGUGCCCCCGGCAUUGAGGUUAAAAAGGGGCCCUCGUAUGCUGAAGCUAACGGAAGCAAUGUUAUCCUAAUAGAACACGGUGCACUCCUCCGAAGAUCUGUAUCUGCGAGUUCCUCAGCGCCUAGCACUGCCAAUCUAUCCAGGUCAACCCAAGUGGAUUCUCCGCAAUCCGUUCCUGGGAGUCCCUUUCAACUCCUGCGCUCACCGAGUCCCCGCUCUAUCCUGGAGAGAGAGAUCGAAGAAGUGCAGGAGAGAGAGAGGGAACUCCAGAGGCAGAGGAGCAGUGUGUAUGGGAGAGAUGAAAGUUCUGUAGAUGCCGCCAAAAAGGAACCUGAAAGUAGAGUGGAUGUCCAAAGUGGGACAUACCAACCAGAGCGACCAAACUGGAGAAAACUGGAAGUGAACUGGCCCCCGAGCCCAGAUGUUACUGUGAAUGGACAGCAAUCCGAGCAGACUGUAGAAAGCCCCAGAACUCGCCGUCAGCGCAGUGCGCUCAUCCAGAGCUGGGAAUCCGGAACACCAAACCCUCUUGAUAACGAGUAGACGGAGGACCCAAAAGAGAACUGUUAUGCAAAUAGGUGGUGUGGGAUUCCAGCACCUUCCACUUCUAUGGACACUCAGAAUGGGACUGAACUCCCUCAAACCCACAUUUGCAUAGAUAUAUAUCGCUACAAUGUAUUACUAUGGCGCCACCUGAACACACAGCGUUCCUAUUUGGCUUUGCCUCGCACAUCACAUGAUCAAACCCUAAUCUGCCAAUCAGCGUUUUGUAAUCUAAAUAAAAUUCCUAAUUUAUAAUACA